GUGUUUGGAAGUGUUUUCACGUAGGAAUAACACGAUGACCACUUCCAAUUUCCUCUACUCAUGGUGUGCGCUAGACAAAUUUAAAUCUUACGAAGAUUACAGGGAGCAUGAUAACAUGCAUUUUGAUUUGGACUUCAUGAACGGGGUACAAAGGGAAUAUGGUUGUUCCUUUUGCCACUGGGGACAUUUCAUUGAGUACGAUGUAUACUGUCGCCACGAGAAGUCACACUACGACAUAAGAGACACCAGCAGUUCUGGUCAGCCACCUCCGAAGAGGAAACGCUUCUUUCUGGGGCCUACAGUUAACAGUUGCCAGUCACCGGUUCCCGGUCACUAUCAUGUGCAGUCACCUCGUCAACAAUCUCCAGUACCAGCACGUAGUCAAAUCCAGUCGCCAGUACCCAGUAAAUUUAAAAUUUGGUUAAAGAUAUCCAUUAUGAGAUCACUUGCCGCGAGAAAGCUUUGAAGAGUAGCCAGACGUACUUAUCAUCGACUAGAGUCCCAUCAAAAAGGUAAAAAUGGAACCCAUCAGUCCAACCAGGACCGAACAGAGUGAUAGAGACGCACCAAGUAACUCCGUGAAAAAUGUAAGGGUGGACCAAAAUACCUCCAUGAAGAAAAAGGACAAGAGUAAAGACAGUGCAGAAAAGAAACGGUGCCAGUUAGACAUUGGGAAUGAUCAUUACGUCGUUGCCAAUCGAUUCCAUGGUAAACUGUGGAUUCAUAUUCGAGUGUACAAGUAAAGACAGGACGGCACGACAUAUUCCACCAAAAAAGGCCUUGCCCUGGACUUGGAGAAACGGACGAAGCUCAUGACAUGGUACGCUGAUGAAGUGGAUGACGCUAUCAAGGGCUUUGAUGACAAGGAAGACACAGCCUUACACAUACAUCUUGGACGUAAUUAUUUUGUGAGUCUCCAGUCGAAAACAUUAGACGGUGGUUCCUACCAGAAAGCGAGGAAAACAUCAAACCAACACGCACUGGUAUAACACUAACCUUCAGACAUGGCAGUAUUAAAAGACUUUAUAGGAAACGAACUCGAAAAUGUAACCUUUUGUGAAAUGGCAGAUGAUCACCAGAAUCAGAUGGGGAUGUUCCAAUGCAGCAACUGUCAUCCUAAUGGGCUGACGUGUAGUUAAGAUUCAUCAUGGAAUGAGUACAUAAACUGUAAGUCAUGUUAAGAUUUUACGUAAAACAAAGGAUAAACGUUAAUUGAAGUGACAUUGAAUUACUCAUUUCAUAAACAUUUAUGAGAGUGUACUUUCAGUUCGUAUAAUUUUCAUAGAAAUAAUGUUUUAAUAGGUGAAGAUUGUAAAAUACUAAUGAUGGAUGCCUCUUGUUCAAUUCAUGACAUAUAGCUCUUUUAAAAGGUCAGAGAAAUUAUAAAAGAUA